ACGAGUUCUGAAAAACUCGUCACUAUAUUCAACUUUUGAAGAACGUGAUAUGGGUGGGAUUCUGAUCGGAGAUAGUGGAUACGCAUGUAACAGAUUUUUGAUGACACCACUUCUUCGACCACAAACUCCAGCGGAGCAACGAUAUCAACGAGCUUUAAUAAGGACCAGAUCGACAGUUGAGAGGAUGUUUGGUCUACUGAAAAACAGAUUCAGAUGUUUGCACAAUAACAACACCUUACGGUUCAGUCCCUGUCGUUGUUGUGUUGUCAUUGUUGCUUGCGCCAUACUUCACAACUUUGGAAUAAAAAAAGGAUUAUUUGAAGACGUUUUGGAGCCACUGACCGCCCGGACGGAAUCUUAACACGUAAUCAAAUUAUCCGCCGUCACUUCACAAACUGAAGUGAGUGAUAUAAAUAAUCAACUUCUUGAACAAAUAUUCUUGAGAUAAAAACGACAAUGACGUUUGGUGUGCUUCAGUCAAUGAGUGAGAAAUGGCUAUGACAAGAUUGCAUUAGUCUUUUGCCUCAAUACACAAAGUUCAUUACAAUAUUGUCAUAACUUCAUGAGUGAUAUGUUUUUAAU